AAAAUAAAAUUGUGCUAAACUCAACUUUUUAAUAAUACCAUUAAACUAUAAUAAAUGACCGAUUCUAAGUAGGCUCUAUGCAAGAAAUUUCACAUACUUUUUGAGUUGGACUAUAAAAUAUGAUUCUAAAACAAAGAAAAUAAAGCUUGCCUUUGAGAAGCCAAAAAAAAAAAAAAAUGGAAGCACAGAGACAAAACAGAUUAAUUCUUGUUCCAUGUCCAUUCCAAGGCCACAUAACUCCUAUGCUUCAACUAGGUACAAUCCUUCAUUCAAAAGGCUUUGUCAUCACAGUUGCUCAUACUAAGUUCAACUCUCCCAACCCCUCCCAAUACCCUGAUUUCAACUUCUUAGAAAUCCCUGAUGGCUUAUCAGAUCUGAAUGUUUCUUCCAAGAAUUUUGUAUCUGUUUUAUCUGAUUUUAACAUCACUUGCAAAAUUCCACUCCAGGAAGCGUUGACUCAGAUGGUAAAAACAGAUGGCCACCUUGAAAAAAUCAACUCCAUCAUCUAUGAUGAGUACAUGUACUUCUCCAACGAUGUUGCUAAUCAUUUGCAGAUUCCAAGCAUCAUCUUGUCGACUAGCAGCGCCGCAAACAUGCUAACUUACCAAGCAAUUCCAAGACUUGUAAAGGAUGGUUAUAGUCCCCUGAAAGAAACUAUGUUGCUGGAUCCAGUACCAGAGCUUCAACCACUCAGAUUCAAAGAUUUGCCCUUUUCCAAUUUCACAGACUCAAAUGGUUUGCUGCAGCUUAUUUCUGAAGCACACAAGACAAGAACAUCUUCAGCAAUAAUAUGGAACACCGCAAAAUGUCUUGAACAAACACAGUUAGCACAGCUCGGCCAAGGAUACCAUAUUCCAUUCUUCCCAAUUGGCCCUAUGCACAAAAUGGUCCCACCAUCCUGUAACAACUUGUUGGAAGAGGACCAUAAAUGCAUCUCAUGGCUUGAUAAACAAACAGAUAACUCUGUCAUCUAUGUUAGUUUGGGAAGCAUAGCAUUUAUGGAUGAGAAAGAGAUAGUAGAAAUGGCAUGGGGUUUAGCCAACAGCAAGCAACCUUUCUUGUGGGUAGUUCGAACUGACUCGGGCAUUGCCGGAGAUGUGAUUAAAAAACUGCCUGAAAGUUUUGAGGAAACGGUAGGAGAAAGGGGCUGCACUGUGAAUUGGGCACCCCAAAAAGAAGUCUUGGCACACAGAGCAGUAGGAGGAUUUUGGAGCCACUGUGGUUGGAACACAACCAUAGAAAGCGUCUCUGAAGGGGUUCCAAUGAUAUGCCAAUCUUAUUUUGGCGAUCAGAAAGUGAAUGCGAGGCUUUUGAGCCAAGUAUUGGGAGUGGGAAUCCAGUGGGAGAACAAAUUGGAAAGAGGAGAAGUAGAGAUUGUUAUAAGAAGAUUGAUGGUUGAUGAAGAAGGAAAAGUGAUAAGGCAUAAGGCAAAAGACCUGAAGGAAAAGAUUGAACUUUCUAUAAGACAAGGUGGUUCUUCCUCUAGUUCUUUAAAUGACUUGGUCAAUCACAUCUUGCUGUCUUAAAUGAGUGAAAAGUCUCUGUUUCUCACUUUCUUUUUCCCUUAUUCUUACUGUACUCCUCACAGAACUACACAAAAGUUUAAAUCACAAAUGUCUUUUAACUUCAA